AUGUCCAGCGACCUCAUUGAGCAGCUCCAGGAGCAGCAUCAGGCGCUGGUGACCAAGCUGUCAGACAAGUACGAUCUGAAGAUCAAGGCGCUGCAGAAUGAGCUGGAGAAGACCAAGGUUCGGGCGAUUGUGGCGGUGGAGGGCCAAGAGGAAGCGGAGUCGCGGGCGAAUGGGCUGGACAAGUCGCUCAAGGCGCUGCUGGCGGAAAAGGCUGUGCUGGAGAGCGCGGCAGCCGAGGCGAGCCAGCGAGCUAAAGUGGCCGAGACAGCGCUGGCGCAGCGUGACGCCGACCUUGUGGCGUGCCAUGACGCGAUCUCGGAGCUGAACCAGAAGCUCUCGUCGACGCAUGUGGCGGCGGGCUCGGCCGACUCGGCGUCGACUGAACUCCAGCUGCAGCUGGCGCAGCAGGUCGAGACCAUCGACGAUUUGCGGACCGAGCUAGGUGCGCUGCACGACGCCAAGGCGACGCUUGAGACCGAGCUGGCGGCGACGCGGACGGCGCGCGACCAGGCGGCCGCUCAGGUUGACUCACUGCGGAGCGACAUGCUGGCGGCGGCCAAGUCGGCUUCAGAUGCUGCCACCCGGCUUGCAGCCCAAGAAGAUGAGCUGCUGACGUUGCAAUCUGAGCGCGAGCGACUCGCAGACGAACUCCGCCGCGAGCGUGAGGCUCACGCCGGCUCAGCCGAUGUCCGCGACGCUGCCGAGAAGCUCGCCACCGAUCACGCGCGGGCACUCGAUGAGCUGCGGGCGCAGUUGGCACUUGCCGAGUCUGAGCUUGCAGACACGUCGGCUGCUGCUGCCGCCAACACUGCUGCGCUGCAGGACUCGAUCGAGACGCUCUCGUCAUCGCUCGCAAGGACCGAGGCCCGGCUAGCCUCGGAGCAGGCGGCGCACGCGGCGAGCAAGGCUGCAGCCGCCGACGCAGCCACAGCCGCCGCUGCUGUGCUCGACGAGGCCCGCGCCGACACUAGACAGGCCGAACGCGAGGCUGAUGAGCUCCGUGAGUCACUCACGCACGAGCAGGCCCACGUUCAGGAGCUGCGAACGUCUGUGGCGCGGCUUGUGGCCGAAGUGAGCGAGCUGCGGAGCUCGCUCGCCGAGCUUCAGACCGCUACCGAGGGCGCGUGGCUGCGACCUUCGUUCUCCUUCUACCGCCGCAAGCACCACUGUCGGGCGUGCGGCGGUCUCUACUGCUACGCUUGCUCGCCGGCGCGGAUGGUGACGCCCAAGUCGAACGGUAAGCCCGUGAGAGUCUGCAACGCCUGCGCCACCGAGCUGGCCAAGCCGCGACCGUCGCCGAGCGCCCGCUCGCGUGCCCGCGCCCGAUCAGCCCUUCAUGGAUCAUCAGGAAGCGUAUGA